ACGCCAGCAACAGCAGCAGUUGCAGUUGCAGUUGCGCCAGCAGCUGCAGUUGUGAGCAACGUCAUCACAAGCGUAACGGGUUCAGCAUUAGCAACAACAACAGAAACAGAAACAAUAACAACACCAGCAACAACAACCGACCAAGAAUUAACAGCUAGACCCGCAGCACUUGCCACUGCUGGCACUGGCUCUGAGCUAACCAAGCGUCAACAACAGCAGCAGCAGCAGCAUCAUCAGCGCCACAACAAAAAGGCCCACAACAAAAUGGAGCUGAACAAGAAGGCGGCGGAACAGCAACAGCAACAGGAGCAGCAUCAGCAGCGCGAAAAACAUGAGACGGAAACGUGUGAACUGCUGACCGCAGAGAACAACAUUAUUAGCAGCAGUCUGGGCAACAGCAACGAUGCCAACGAGAAUCUUGAGAACCGAGAAAACAAUAAUACGACAACAACAGAGACCUGUGAUUCCAAUACGAAUACCUUGCAGGGUCAGCUGGCACAGCAGCAAGUGCAAUUGCACAUGGCCAUCAAUUCGGUGCUAAAUGCGAACAAUACGACGACGAGCGGCAAUCUGUUUAGCUCGUUGGGUGCCUUACCAAUGCCUAACAAUGAGACAGCAACAGCAGCAGUUAUCAACAACUGCAACAACAGCAGCAACAGCAGUCCAGCCGCACAACAAGCGGAUAUGUCAGCGUCGACGGGCGAGGCAAAGAUUGUGCUGCAAUGCGAGGGUAAAUCGCACAAAUUCGAGACGCGCAACAUUUUGUUAGCGCCCGGCCAGGAGUGCAAGGUGGGCCGUCUGAUUGCCAAGAGCAAGGCGAGCGAGGGUAAUGCCAUUUUCGAUUGUAAGGUGCUGUCGCGUAAUCAUGCCAUGCUCUGGUAUUCACCGGACGGUCACUUUUGGGUCAAGGACACCAAGUCGAGCAACGGCACCUUCAUCAACGACAACAAAUUGGGCAGUGAACCUGCCGAGCUGCAUUAUGGCGACACCGUUAAGUUUGGCGUCGAGGUCAUUGAGAAUUCCCGGCAGGAGGUGCACGGCUGCAUCAUUGCACGCGUCACUCUGUUUAUGCCUGAUGGCCGGGAGGCGAUCUCAAUAGAAUCGGAGCAGCUGCAGUUGGGUGGACCGAAUCGGAUAAGCUAUGAUGAAAUACAGCGUUUAAAUGCAUUUCUACAGGAGGCGUCGCAGCGCGAGAAGAUGCUCAAAGCGAAGCUGAGUAAUUUGCAAGGUGUUCUCGAUUCCAUGCGUAAAAAUUCGACAAUGUGCUGGCAGAGCAUGAUCACCGAGGAUCAGCUGCUGCACAAGAUCAAUCUGCUCGAGAAGAAGCUCCAGAUGAUGGAGAAGAAUGUGCCCGAGAAUGCCUUACGCAAUGAGAUUGUGAAGCUGCUGGAGGAUAAGACCACGUAUCAGCUAACUGCCAAAGAGGCGCUGCGCAAGGUGUACCAGGAUCGUUGCGAUGCCAUGCAAAUGCUGUCCAAGAUGGAGAUGGCGUACACAACAUCGGACAACGAGUGCGGCAUAUUGCGCACCCAGAUAUUGAACUCGAAGCAGACGCUGCAAGAUUUCAAUGUGCGAUUGGAGCAGCUGCAGCAGGAAUAUGCGGAAUAUAAGCAGGAAACGAUGCGUCAGCAGCAAGAGGCUAAAGAGGAGGAAGAACAGCGAAUGGGGCAUCUAAGGGAGCAAUGCAACGCGCAGGAGAUCGAAAUGGAUAAGAUGCGCCAACAGUUGAUGCAGCUGCAGAAAACAAACGCUGACUAUGACAGCGAACAGAUGAUGCAGGAGCAACAGGCGCUGGAGCAACUGAAUGCGGCCAUCGGUGUUAACGAUGACGACGACGACGAUGACGAUGACGAUGACGAAGAUGAUGAUGAUGAUGAUGACGACGACGACGAUGAUGUUGAUGUUGCUGAUGUCGGUGACGAUGAUGAUAAUGAUGCAGCUGCAGAUGAGGAUAAGGAUAAGGAGGAUGUUGUGGAUCAGCUGCUGCUAGAGACAACACCCAGUAAACAAAAAUCUAGCAAGAAGAGCAAGCGGCAGCAGAAGGACGAGUUCGAUUUGAAGCACAAGGUGAUGCGCAAGGACACAAUGAUGAAGUUGCUAAAGAAUUCGGAUCUCAAUAAGGGCGCCGACGGCGGCGAUGUAUUAAAAGCCAUAUUCAACAACGACGAAGACUCUGGCGAGGAAGAAUCACAGAAGGCGCACUCGCUGCAGCGAUCACCGACGCCAUUGUCAGCGCCAGUGGGCAACAAACCGGAGGCAGCAGCAGCCAGCGAUGAGUUCAUACACAAAUCACCUCAGCACAACAAAUGCCUCAAUGGCAUCAAUGAGGCGACCAAGGAGGAGUCGGAAGCGGAGGAGGAGGAGUCAUUGUCAUCGUCACACGCAGUCCACAAGAAACUGGAGACACAGCCAACACUUGUGCGCAACGAUGGCGAUACAUCAUUGUCGCAGGAGCAAACGCUGGACAUGCUGAACGAGGAGUGUAUGUUCUACAAGGAGAAAUCGGCUAUGCUAACCACAGACAUUAAUGCGCUGGAAGUGGAAAUGCAGAAGCUGAAGGAGCAGCUGCAACAACAACAAAAACAGCAGCAGCAGCGCAGUCCAAAAAAUGUCGAGAAUAACGAUAAGGAUAACAUAGCUGAAAAUGAUCUCGCUACGGAUGAACAGCAACGACUGAAGCUGAAGGAGAAGUCUGAGGAUGAAUGGAGCCGCUGGCAGGAGGAACUAAUCACCUUGAGCGAUGAGCACGUGGAGCGCGAAGAGCAGCUUAUUACGUACAAGGACCGACUGCAACAGUCCGAGCUGAGCAACAUUGAGUUGCGCCACCAAAUUCAACAGUUGCGUCACACAAAACUGAUGGCCUUUGACAAUCCGAUGCUCUAUCGUCGUGCUCUGCCCGUCGGCUGUGUGGCUCUGGCGGCGAUUCUCUAUUUUCUGGCCAGUCGCUUCUAACACAACUCACAACAACAACAACAACUUGGAACAACAAGAGCAACAACAACAGCGGCGGCAGCAACAACAACAACAGCGAACAUCGUACCUAAUGCAAACGACAAAAGAGAGAUUCAAAAAGAGAAAAUACUAUAUAUAUAUAUAUGUAUAUAUAUACUUAUACAUGUAUACAUCUUGUGGUGGCGUGGUGUGGGUAAAAUUGGAUGGGGCACAUUGCAAAAAAAAAGAAAGAAAUUAUAUGGAUUGGACGCAGCUAAACUAAACAUACAUACAGUUAUACAUAUUUAUACAUAUAUCUCCUCUAUAUAUACACAAAAAUAGUUCUAAUUUUAUAAUCGGAGCUUUACUCUCUCAUAUAUAUAUAUAUAUACUUUCAUAAUCGGUUCUUUCUUUUUCAUUUGUACGCAAAAUUUGUAGUUCUAAAUUUGCAAUUGAAUCGAACAAAAAGAACAAUUCACACACAACAAACACACACUCGGUUAGUUAAUUCUGAAGUAAUUAUAUUUAAAGAAAUUC